AAUGCUGCAGAUUCAGGAGCUAGUUCCAAGGAAUAUGUGCACAUACGCACACAACAGAGAAAUGGUAAAAAAAGCCUGACAACCGUUCAAGGUUUAAUGAAAGAAUUUAGCUAUAACAAGAUUCUCAAGGACCUUAAGAAAGAGUUUUGCUGCAAUGGUACUGUCGUCCAAGAUCCAGAACUCGGACAGGUAAUUCAGCUGCAAGGUGAUCAAAGGAAGAACGUUUCCACCUUCCUCAUUCAGGCAGGUGUAGUAAAGAAAGAGCACAUCAAGAUUCAUGGAUUCUGAGCAACAGCGACAGAACUUACCUGUGCGCGACUGAUGCU